AUGUCGAAGCGUUGCAGAAAGAGGUUGAUUGAGGAGAAACAUGAAAAACGGGGUGGUGAAUUUGAGACAAGAUCAGAAUAUAGGAAGAUAUUUCAAAAACAGUAUGUCCAAGUGGUGUUAUAUACCAGAGGUACCGGAAACUAUGGUGCCUCUGGUGUUGCAAACGUCAAUGAGGAUAUACAAAAGCGGUGUCUUCGUAUGAAUCCGUAUUGUGCCAGAAAACUUCGUCGGAUAAAUAAAAAAGGGAGGAGUUACGACCUCAACAAUAUGGCGAAAGCGGUGACCGCAGUUGAUAAAGGCAUGAGUCAAAGACGAGCCUCAAUCCUGUAUAAUAUACCACGUUCAACUUUGGGUUAUAGGCUUAACCACCGUCACAAAAAUCCCGAACUCACACCGGAGGAAGAGAAUUUAAUAGAGGAAUGGAUUGGCAAUUGUGGAAGUGACUUUCCUACUAAAGAGGAUAUCAUAAACCAAGCAGCUAAAAUUUUUAGGGAAAAGAACAAGAAUAUUUCUUUCGAAAAUGGAUCGAAAUGGUUCAAUCUGUUUUUGCGGCGGUAUCCCGAUAUUUGUUUGCGACCAGACACAUCUGGUUCUGAUACGGAGUGA